AUGGCGGAUAAAUCAGAAAGAGAGUAUGACGAAUUAUCAACUCCACCAAGAUCACUCCAAAAGGUUAAAGAUGAGCCAAUGGAAAUGGAUUUUCCGGAAGAAGAAGAAGAAGAACCUCCAGCAUUCGGACCUGCAGCAUUGGGCUUGCAUAGAGUUGGUACAAAAUUGCCGCCAAAACCAGCUCCAAGUGAGCCAGUUCAAAAACUUAAUGCAAGGGGAAUGCCCGCUAGGAUCAGAAAGAAAAAUAGGUUCAUUUUUGUUGACGAUUUUGUGAACACGUCACCUCCACGACAGUCUCCAAAAAAGACUCCAAAAAUACUUAACAAAACGCCUAAUAAACCACCAAGUGCAAAAAAACAAAAAUCUCCAAUAAAAGUUCAAAAGGCUACAGAGAGGAAUGAUAAGGUAGAUUCUGUAGGCAUCCAAAUGCAAGACAAUAAAUCAGGUCAUCGAAUUGGCAUGCGACUUAGAAAUUUAUUGAAGCUACCCAAGGCUCACAAGUGGGUGUGUUUUGAAUACUUUUAUAGUAAUAUUGAUAAAGUAUUAUUUGAUGGUGAAAAUGAUUUUAUGAUUUGCUUAAAAGAAUCAUUUCCACAAUUGACCAACAGAAAGUUAACUAGAACACAAUGGUCAAAAAUCAGAAGAAUGAUGGGAAAGCCUCGACGAUGUUCUCAAGCAUUUUUUGAUGAGGAGCGGAAAGAAUUGGAAAGAAAGAGGAAAUUGAUUCGAUAUGUACAACAGCAAAAAUCGGCUGAUGUGUGUGUCAAAGAUUUACCAACCGAAAUACCAAUGCAAUUAGUAGUUGGUACUAAAGUUACUGCUAGACUACGUCGACCACAGGAUGGAUUGUUCACUGGAUGCAUCGAUGCUGUUGAUACAUCUAAUAACACAUAUAGGAUAACUUUUGAAAGACCUAAAUUGGGCACACAUUCAGUACCUGAUUAUGAAGUAUUGUCAAAUGAACCACCUGAUACUAUUUGUCUGACAAGUAUAACGCAACGUUUUAGACCAAGAAAAGUAAUUCAAGAUCUACUCAGUUUGUAUUCACCAAUACAGAAAAAUUCGCAAGGAGAUCCUUUGAUUGGAUGUUCUGAUCUUGCAAAUCAAGCUAAUUCUGUAAUUGGUAGUUACCCAUUCCGGUUUUUAGAACUCAUUGUAAAAUUAAGAAGAUUAUUAAAUGCUAAAAAGAGCAAGAUAAAUAAAUUAAAAGAAUAUAACUGUAUGGCAGAAAAAAGAAAGUCCUUUGGACAGAGGAUGCCUGAAGACUUUGAACGAAAAUAUGCUGCUGUUGUGAUUGAGUUAGAAAGAAUGAAUAUGGAUUUACAAGAAUAUAUCAAUGAGAUUCAACAUCAUUGUCAACAAAUUGCACCAGGGCCAUGUUUGGCUGCAAUGUUAGCACCAUCGCAACUUCGAGACAAAUGUCAUGAAGAAGCUUCAGUUCUUGUUGAGAAGAAUAACAAUGGAGUUAUUCAAGAUCCUUCAGUUUUAGAUCUCAUAACAGAUCUAACUGCACUCAUGUUGCAAGUUAGAAGUUUAUCUGAUUCAGAUCAGAAUGCCUAUGAACUGAGUGUACUUCAAGGUACAAUGGAUCAGAUCAAGAUGAAAUUAAAACCACAAUAUCACAGAUUGUUUCAAAAUAAUGUUGAAAUACAUAUGCAUAAAAUUCAGAUGGGAUUGGGGCAAAUGAUUUUUGAAUAUUCUGCAGGCACAUA